GUAAAACGGCAACAAUAAAAAAGGGUGGAUUUAUUUGGCUGAAUCCCUCAGUUGACCAUUGGGAGGAUGUGAAUGCUGCGUAUGGGGACAUCGCCGCUCUAGUACGGCAACCUGAUUGACAAACAUCACCAACGCCCAUAAACUGGAUAUAGGAAAUGAAUCGAGUCGUGAGAAUAGUCUAUUUCUCUGAUAAUUGAGAAAAGAUCCACCCUUUUCCGCGCACUGCUCGUGUAAUAGCGCAUGUUCAAUAGGGGCGCGUGAUUUCAGACUAUUGAGUCGUCUAUUGUAGAACUCACGUUCUGCUCAUUUUGGAUUGUUCUUUUCGCCGUGUGCUUUCUUUCAUCUCUAGGCUACUGUCCAUUUGCGUCCACCCAAAAUGGCAACAAGAAUCGAUAAAGAGGCUUGCAGGGAAGCGUAUAACCUCGUCAGAGACGAUAACACGGAGAUAAACUGGGCAGCGUUUAAAUAUGAGGGCCAUAUGAUUGUGCCGGCGGGCCAGGGGACUGAUUAUGAAGAAUUCAAGAGUCAGUGCACAGAUGAUGUGCGUCUCUUUGGCUUUGUGCGGAUCACAACGGGUGACGCCAUGAGCAAGCGGGCCAAGUUCACCCUCAUCACCUGGAUAGGGGAAAACGUAAGUGGCCUGCAGCGUGCCAAGAUCAGCACUGACAAGACACUGGUGAAAGAUAUUGUCCAGAACUUUGCUAAGGAGUUCAUGAUCAGUGAUGCUCGUGAGCUGGAGGAGGACUACAUUCGCACCGAGCUGAAGAAGGCAGGCGGGGCCAACUAUGACGCCCAGGGAGAGUAGAACAAAGUCCACAAGGGCAGGGGAGGGGCUGCUACCUUUUGGGGGAGGGAGGGGUCUUCAUGCCUGGAUGAGAGAGGGGGGGGGAUAUACACACAUACACACAUGCACAAACACACACGCACACACAGAAACACAACAACAACAACAACAAAAAUCACAAAAAAGCACAUUGAGACACACUUAGACAUAUGCCUACAGUCCUAUCCUCAGCCCUCUUACCAGUCAUGGUUGAUUAUCUACUGUACUGUGCAUCAUCUCACUCAUCUCAGCUGCGCCACAACGUUUAGAACUAUCUCAAUCUGUGGUGCUGUGUUUGUGUUACAACUGGAAAAGACACGUUACUGUACUGUAUGUCAGAAGGGCAGAAUUAUUCUCUUUCUCUCUCUGAUUGGACUUAUCAUCAUUGUGCUUUUACUGUAUCUUCCUCUGUGGUUGUAGUCCAAACAUGCAUCAUUGGUCAAUAGAGGUCUUUCCUGCCCAGCAGUCUCGUCUCCCAAUCCACCCCCAAGGUAUACCCCACUGUGUUUACUGCCUUAAUCUCCCAUGGAGAGAAGGGCAUCAUGGGAGUUGUGUUUGUGGACACUACACUGUUAUUGGCUAUCCUCCACUCGGGGGUGGGGCUAAGAUUCGCCUAUGGAACACAAACCAAUAGGGCAGGGCUGUAGCACUGUCAGUCAGCCCAACCCAGGAGCAGCCAUCUCUCUGUUGUAGCCUCUUUUUAUUUGGAUUAAACCCCAAAAAUGAAUGUUUUUAUUUUCUCUAAGAGUUUAACCUUUGAUUUAUUCUUGAGAGCAAUGUUAUGUAGGAGAUUUACGGAAACAUUUAAAAACUGAACUGGGCACACGAUCAAUCAUUUCUGAAUAAAACCGUUUUUUUUUUUUCAAGCUCGCUGGUCUCUUUGUUUGUGUCUAAAGCGCUCAUUGACAUGGAAAGGAGGGCUGGGUGAUUGUGCCGCCCUAGUCUAGAGUACACAUAGUAACUGUCUCUGGGGGGCUUUAUGGGAGUAGCAUAUGUUGUCAUGGUCACUACUGUCAGGCUCAGCCAAUCACAUUCUCAGGACAAGCUUUUCUGUUCUAAAGCUUGUCAAUAAGAACCCCUCCCUGCUACUCAAUCCCUCUGUUGGCUAACCCCUUUUCUCUCCUCUCCAACAAUGUUAUAUUUGCCUCUAUUCUCUCACCUCCCCCAUCCCAUACCCCCUUUCCCCCGCCACCGGUAGUUUUGUUCAACAGAUGUGAACUCGACUGCCUAAUUACUUAAUCUAGUAAUCUAUAAGCCUCUAGCAGUCUGCUUUUAUGACUUGUAGUUUAGUUCAGUUUGUAGUGGGUAAGAGACUGAUAGAGGGGUAAAGACCAAUUUCAAACAGAGCCUUAACCCUAUGUGUAACUUGAAUGUUUGUUUGAAUGAGUGUUGAAUGUUGUUUAUAUUAGGUCAAUCAAUAGCCUCCAGCAGUGCUGGUUCAGCUCCAGACAAGCGGACUGAGUGUUGGAGUGAGAGCAGGGGACUGAGAGACUGGUUACAGUGUUCUGGGUGAGGCCGUACUAGUCAGGUAAAGAUAAAGAUUCGUGGCUCAGUAUUAAGUCACAGUAAUUGAGGAUGCAGGGUGAGAUCAAAUCUUUAAACUGUGCUUAUUGUGAUGUUUGUGUGUGUGUGUGUGUGUGUGUGUGUGUGAUCUGUUAGGGUAAUCUUGUGUGGGAUGUACUGUGUGAGUAUGUGACUUAGCCCAGUUGGAGCUGAGUGGAGGAUGGGUGAGACAGGUGUUGUGUGGUGUCUAUGGGGACCAUAUUAAUUAGAUUAGCGACUUUAGGGAGUUAAUUUGCAUCCUUGUCACACCGGUGGACAGACUGCUUUCUGACUCUAACAUAAUUUAACCUGAGAUGAUCAUGCUCACAGGAAAAUAGACACAUUCUUAUCUGCUAGCCUGUUUACAGUAUCAUUAAGGUGUGCAUGUUCUGACAGCUCCACAGCAAGGCCAAAGGUGAAGCCAGGUUUUCUACCUUGUGCUGUGGGAGUGUAACUAUACAGUACUUGAGUAUAAGCUUGAGGGAGAAAGAGAGGGAGGGUGUAAGUACAUGUGUAUUACAGUGAGGGAGAGUUGCUUAAGAAGUGAGUUCUAGGAGUGUUGUUCACUCUGGGAUUCACAAGUGAGUUCCUGCCAGCAAUACUCAGCUCCUUCCUGGAUUCCAGAGGCCUCCCAUAUCCAGCAUAUUUCACAUCCCACACAUCGCUGCAGAGUCGUGUGUGUCUACGUCAGUGAGUGUUUGAAUGCCUGUGCGAUCCAUCUUAUCCCAGCAAUGUUCUUCCACACUGACAGGGAGGCUUUUUCUGUUCUUUUGUUUGGCAACAUGUGUAAUUCAAACCAGAUAUCACAUUUGACCAAAAGAUAUAAAGAGUAUGGAGCCUGUUGUAACAUCUUGCCAAUAUCACUGAAAUAUCAUUUAACUGUAUUAUUCACUGCACCAGUUGACAUUAUCAAGAUCCCUCCCUGGAUUCAAAGAAACAUGACAGCCCCCACAAAGUGACUAGCACGGCUGGAUUGUGUACUUAAGGGAUAUUUAACCAACCCCUCGCUGUGCAGAGGAGCUCAUCACUUUCUUCUAUCAUGUCCCCUGAAGUGCGAGAAGGGGGGGAGUGGUGAGGGGGGCCCUUUCUGCCACUGUGAAUGGGUCACAUCUCAAUGCUUCUGUGUGCCACUCCAUCAUUGUCACAGAGCAGCCAUUGUCAGGGCUUAACGAGCUGAGCUGAGCUGCACUCCAUCCAAAUUGAUGCAUCUGUCUCCUCAGUACAGUGGCAGUCGGUCCACUCAGGUCACUGUCCACCAGAUCAAACCCUCCCCUAUCUCUGUCAUCCCUGACAUAUCAACACUCAAAUGACUCAAUUUGGGAAAUUAUGAAAGCAGUUAUUUUCCACAACAACAAAACAAAAGUCAACAACAAAAGUCAAAAAGAUUAUUUGUCAUCAUGGCCAAAGAAAUGAGGAAUAUGAUCGAGUAGUUUAAUUUUCUUAGAAACAUUUGGUACAGUUUCUCAUCUAUUGCCUUGUCACGACUUCCGCCGAAGUUGGUUCCUCUCCUUGUUUCGGCGGCGUUCAGUGGUCGACGUCACCAGUCUUCUAGCCUUCGCCGAUCCACUUUUCAUUUUCCAUUUGUUUUGUCUUGUCUUCCUGCACACCUGGUUUACAUCUCCUACUAAUUUACAUGUGUAUUUAGCCCUCUGUUCCCUCCAUGUCUGUGUGGGGUAUUAUUUAUUGUCAAGUUGGUAAGCUUCCGGCUGUUUUGCGCCAGGUUUUGUUUUAUACCCGUGUUUGUGGCAGCCGGUACUUUGUACUUGGGUUUUGUACCUUGUGCUCCUUCACCUGUUCUUUGGGCAUUUGGUUUGUGACACGGUUGUGUUCUGCAUUAUGAUUGUCUAAAUAAAGUGCUUUGUCCAUUC